GAGGGUUUGAGCUUCACUCACUUUCUCCAACACAGAGAGACAAGGACGUUUUUGUAAGUAACCCCUUCACUCUGUGCUGGAUUAUGCAAGCUAAUCACACACCCCAAAUCCUUGAGAGAGGAACAUCACACUUUUAGAGAGAGAGAGAGUGAGAGAAACAGGGAGUUGAGUGAAGGGGAGAGGGGGUUUUGCAAUGGUUGCUGGGAAGGUGAGGGUGGCAAUGGGGCUACAGAAAUCGCCGGCGAAUCCCAAACCGGAAACUCCUUCAAAGUCUCCGUUGCCGUCGUUGAGCUCUGGGAAGACACCCCAGAAGGGGGCGGUGUUCUCGCGCUCCUUUGGUGUAUACUUUCCACGCUCCUCCGCGCAGGUGCAGCCUAAGCCGCCGGACGUGACGGAGCUGCUCCGACUGGUUGAGGAGCUCCGGGAGCGAGAGUCGAGGCUGAAGACGGAGCUUCUGGAGCACAAGCUCCUGAGAGAGUCGGUCGCCAUCAUCCCCGUCUUGGAGAACGAGAUUAUUAGCAAGAAUGAGGAGAUUGAUAGAGCGUCGAAGCGGGUGGAGGAGCUGGCGGCGGAGAACGAGCGGCUGAGUAAUCAGGUGGCGGAAGUAACGUCAGCGUUGGAGGAAGAGAGGAGGGGGAAAGAAGAGAAAUUGAAGCGAUUGGAGGCUGAAAUUUCGGAGCUGAAGAAAACGACGUCGGAUCGUAUGAUUAAUUUCGAAAGCGACGAGCUUUCGUCGUCACAGAGAUUUCAGGGACUGAUGGAGAUCACCGGAAGGUCGAAUCUGAUCAGAAAUUUGAAGAGGGGAGUGAAAUGCGCGGACAUUCCGACGAAUCCGGAGAAUCAGAAGCUCGAUGGCUCCGAGUCGAAGAGGGAAGAGCCGGAAUCGGAGAGGCCGAGGCUCUCGCGGUGUAACUCGGAGGAGUUCGCCGAGUCGACUCUGGCUACCAUCAGAUCUCGCAUCCCGAGGGUUCCUAAACCGCCGCCGAGACCGUCGACAUCCAACGGUCAAAAGACUCAAAACAAGGCCUCAACAGAACAAGGUAUUGCAUUUCCACCACCGCCUCCGCCGCCACCAAGUCAGACAAAAUCAGCACUCCCACCGCCACCUCCGCCUUCUAAGGCGGCUCCACCUCCACCUCCUCCGCCACCGAGAGGUAUAAGGCCGGCGACGGCGAAGGUGAAGCGAGUGCCGGAGGUUGUCGAAUUUUACCACUCUUUGAUGCGAAGAGACUCUCGGAGGGAGUCGGGCAGCGGAGUCUCCGACGCAACGGGAACCGCCAAUGCCCGCGACAUGAUCGGCGAGAUCGAGAACCGGUCGGCUCACCUGCUCGCUAUAAAAACGGACGUAGAAAUGCAGGGAGAUUUCAUUAGGUUUUUGAUAAAAGAAGUUGAAAACGCAGCGUUUUCUGACAUCAACGAUGUGGUGCCUUUUGUGAAAUGGCUGGAUGAUGAGCUCUCAUACUUGGUGGAUGAAAGAGCUGUGCUGAAGCAUUUUGACUGGCCGGAGCAGAAAGCCGAUGCCCUGCGCGAAGCGGCAUUUGGGUAUUGUGACCUCAAGAAGCUUGAAUCCGAGGCCUCGUCGUUCCCUGAUCAUUCUCGCCAGCCCUGCGGUCCAACCCUCAAAAAGAUGCAGGCUUUGCUGGAAAAAUUGGAGCAUGGUGUUUACAAUCUCUCGCGGAUGAGAGAUUCCGCCACUAAAAGAUACAAAGUUUUCCAAAUUCCUACAAAUUGGAUGCUCGAUUCUGAAUUUGUAAGCCAGAUCAAGUUGGCAUCGGUAAAAUUGGCAAUGAAGUACAUGAAGAGAGUCUCUGCUGAGCUUGAAAUUGUAGGUGGUGUUCCCGAAGAAGAAGAGCUGAUAGUUCAAGGCGUUCGAUUUGCCUUCCGCGUACAUCAGUUUGCUGGAGGAUUCGAUGCAGAAACAAUGAGAGCGUUCCAGGUGUUGAGAGAUAAAGUGAGAUCGUGCCAUGUACAAUGCCAGAACCAACAGCAGCAGAAAAUCGUAUGCCGAUCUACGCCGUGCUAAAUCUGUAGCGAGCUCAGCUACAGAAAUUGCUCUAAGAGUUCUUUGUUGUAAAGGUAGAACUUCUAUAUGGUAUAAUUGCUCAUCACCUACUCGGCUAGAUUGGGUAUCGGUUUAAUAUGUUCCAUCCCAUUCCGUCCCAUCUACGUAUCAAACGGUACCUAAGUUCACUAACAUGUAUAAUAGCUUGUAAUACAAUGUAGUAAUGCUACAACUUCGUCAUCCUCUCAAUCACGAAUAACAUCAACUUUAUUCUUUUUAUUUCAA